CUCAGCCACAAAUCAUAGCCUACUCAUCACUGUCAACAUCCUCCUGAAGACACCACCACCACCAUCAUGUCUAAGGUUGAGGUUGUGCCUUAUUGGAAGCUCUCGGUGACUGUCCUGCGAGCUGAACUGAACCACUCCUGUGACUAUUUUUCUGCAGAAGACUGCUAUGUGGUCCUGAAGCUUCCCACAUCUUCUGCGCGCUCCCACCGCACUAAGACCGUGUCCAACAGCAGCACACCUGAAUGGAACGAGACCUUUCACUUCCGCAUCCAGAGCCACAUCAAGAAUGUUCUGGAACUCCAAGUGCGUGAUGAAGACACUGGCUCUGCAGAUGACAUUUGCUCCGUCAUCCUGUUCGAUGUCAGCAGUCUCAACUUGGCUGAGAAGCAGACCCAUGAGUUUGUCUUCAAUCACACGACAAAAGACAAACUGUGGAUUGAAUUUGAAAUGGUGGACAGUGCUGAGGAUCCAGGAAUUUACCUGUCCAAUGGAGUCCUAAUGGCAGCACCGUUGUCCAUCCUGGACGUUACUCCAAAGAGCAUAGGAACAGCGAUCCAAAAGGUAAUCCUGAUGUUGAGAGGGGCCUACAGAGAGGAGAAUGAACUCACCUCCGACCCUGUAAACCCUUUACGCUACUACAUCAAUAAAGACCUGGAGACUGAACUUGCUGUGCAGGGUGAGGAGAAAGUUCAACAACUCAAUCUUUGUCAACUGACCUGUGCCAAACAGGAGGUGAAAGUGUCUGUAGGACAGGAGGUUGUUGACCUGGAACUGAAUCGUGAGGAACGGUCAGAGGACGAACUGGCUGUGCGUUUGGACUUUGCCAUUCCCUCAGAGGAGAAGAGCUUCCUGGAGAAGAGGAAGGAGGUGGUGCGGAAAGCCUUACAGAAACUGCUGGGCAUCAGCUCCCCUCCAGACAGAGAGAAGGUUCCGCUGGUGGGUGUGGUUUGCUCAGGAGGCGGGACCAGGGCGAUGACGGCCACCUAUGGGAGCCUGAAGGGUCUGCAGACUCUGGGGGUCCUGGAUGCUGUCAGCUACAUCACUGGAGUCUCAGGAUCCACAUGGGCUAUGUCAACUCUCUACCGAGAUCCUGAUUGGUCCCACAAGGACAUCAACUCUGUCAGUGAGCCAAUGAAGUUAGAGAUGCCUGCGAGAUACCAAGACAUACUGUCAACCAAACAGCUCAAAUACUACAAAAAGGAAAUGGGCGAGAAAGAGGAGAAGGGCUUCCUGGUGUCCUAUAUUGACAUGUGGGGCCUGGCCAUCGAACACCUCAUCUGUGGAGAGAAAUGUGACGCCACCCUCUCGGACCAGAAGAUGACAGUGUCAGAGGGACAGAAUCCUCUGCCCAUAUACACGGCAUUGAAUAUGAAGACGAGGAAUGACAUCUCAGAAGCUGAGUGGUGUGAAUUUACUCCGUUUGAAGUCGGUCUUCCAAGGUAUGGUGCGUUUGUGCCAACUGAGGCCUUUGGCAGUGAAUACUUCCUGGGUCACAAGAUAAAAAGCCUUCCAGAGAUUCGUCUGUCUUACUUGAUAGGAAUAUGGAGCAGCGUUUUCUCCCUCAACCUCACUGAUCUGUGGAGCAACCUUACAGGCUCCCUUCCAUCUUGGAUAAGUGGAGACACCGUUAGCAUAGAUACCGAAACAGAGCACUAUCCAACUGCGCUGGACACCCUGAUGAUCAAGCCGGCCACUAACAUGAUCCAGAGCAUCAGCAGUUUCUUCACCGCUCGGCCAGUCGUCAGCCAGGUGUAUAACUUCAUGCGCGGCCUCGCACUCCACUGGGAUUACAACACCAAGAAUGGCUUCAUCAAAGGAAAAGAGGGGCAUCCUGAUGCCUUUCCAAAUCAGAUGACGCCAGCAGACCCGACCCUGGACCUGGUGGAUGCUGGUUUCUACUGCAACAUCGGCAUGCCCCCCGUGCUCCAAGACCACCGGUGCAUGGACCUCAUCCUUUCCCUCGACUACUCCUGGACUCCACAAGAGUUUGGGGUGUUGAAGACAACCCAGCAAUACUGUGCUGACCACGGACUGGAGUUCCCUGAAAUCGACUUCAGCGUUUUGGAGAAGGAGCCCUUGAAGGAGGUGUAUGUGUUUGAGGAUGAGAAGAACCCCAAAGCUCCCAUCGUGGUCCACUUCCCCAUGGUCAACGACACCUUCAGGGAGUUCAAAGCCCCAGGUGUCAAAAGAGAAGACGAUGAAAUGACCCUCGGUGACGUGGAUCUCAGCUCUAAAACAUACUACACCACAAAGCUGGCCUACGAUCCUGAAGACUUCCAGAAGCUGAUGGACCUCUCAGAGUACAACGUCCUGAACAACCGGGACACACUGAUCUCAGCUUUGGGAAGAGCAAUGCAUAGAAUGCAGAGAUAGGCCCUUAAAUUCCAGUGGUAGCCUACACACAGACCAAGAUAGAUGUAUGACAGUUUAGGCUACUUUAAGGUCAGAGAGGGCUAUAAUAAUAACAAUAAAUAAUUAGUGGGAAUGAUAAUUAAUUAUGAUAAACCCCUUAGUGCAGAGCCUCUGUUAUAAACUUAUUGUCUCAAAGUGAUAAUGACCAAGUCAUAAUCGGUAACUUAAGACUCUGCAUUGUCAUGGCAGUGGUGUUAUGAUGUAGUUGAGUGUUUUCAGCUAAGAGUGAAUAGGCCCCUCGACGGGCCAAUCUGCAGAAACAGCCGAGGUUAAUCAAUUACAUGUGAAUUAACAGAUGAAAGAUAUUAAAACAUCUUAAUAGCACUUUGCAAAGAAUAUGAGGUUUUUUUUUUACUAUUUUCAAGUGAAAAAAAAAAACGUAGGCAUUGUACUAAAUCACCACACAAGCAAAACUAUUAACUUGUUACAUGGAAAUGUGUUUCAUGAUGUAGACAAACUUCUACCAAUGGAACUAGUGAAAAUGGACUUGAUUUUAUUUAUUUCCUUACUAAAAAUUAAUUGAAACAUUUUUUUAUGUGUUGCUUUAGGGGGAUUUCUGUAAUAGGACUAACUUUUAAGAUGUGACUAAUUUAGAUUCAUUUGUUUCAAAGAAUGCAAUUAAUCAGAUUAUUACAUUAUAUUCAAGUUCCAUCCUGAGAAUAAUAAUACACUUUAUGUACAGCAGAAGCCAGUGUCUUUCAAAACAAAGAAAAUAAAGCAAAGAUAAUAAAAAAGAACAGUAGAACAGAAAAUAGGAGGUAAUUGUGAGAAAGGAACCAGUGCAUUCACAGCGAAUGAACCAUCUGCAACAAAUGAGCUCUGAGUCUGGAUUUGAUCAGGAGAAGAGAGGCAAUAGUACGGAUGUCUGGAGGAGGUGAAUUCCAGAGUGGGAAACAACGGAACGCUUUGCUCCAAGUAGCACUGCGGUGAGCAGAGGGGGCAGUGAAGUGGAUGGAGGAGGAGGAUGAGAAGGAUCAGAGAGAAUGAAAGGCAGUGGCGGAAACAACACAAACAUGGCCCAAAAAAAACAUGUAGCCCUUCAUCCAAAAUAAUUGGGAAUUGGGAAUUGAGCCCAUUGGAGUUGUCUCAUCCGCAGAACACUCCCACACUGUUCUCUCCCUGUCUCUGGGCUAGUUGACCAUAAUAUCUUUGUUUUUUUUGUUUUGUUUGUUUUUAUACUUUUUAUUACAUUUUUAUUACUCAUGUUAUGUUGCAUUUAUUACUUAUGUUUUUAUUACUAAUUAAUACAGCUUUGUGAUACGUAAAUCUGGCUAAUAAAGUAUAAUUUUAUUCAGCAUACAUAUCCAUCUGUGCCAUUGUAUUGCAGUGUGAUACCACUUGGCAGGGGCGCCAAAAGGGGGUAUGCAGUAUAUGCACUGCAUAUGGGUGCAGUGUCAGUG